AUGUCUUACAUUCCACCACACAAGAGGCAUACAAAAGGUUCGCCGUUGCCGGAACCAACUCCGGCACCGGAAUCACUGAUACCUGCCUUCAGAAAAAACUUGAAUUUCAAGAGAAAGGAAAAGUUUCUGUUUGAGACCCGUUAUGCUGAUGGUGCAGUUAGGAAAUGGUUCCCUGUUGGUUUGACUGAUGAUUCUCACUUUUCAUCUCUUGUGAAGCUCCAACCUCUUUCUAUCGACCAAAAAUCUGACGCAAAUCCUCUUCGUUUGGUCCUAAUGCAAGGUUACAAUGGAGGAACGAAUGAGCUUAUGGAUGAGCCAUGGCGUUUGGUGGCUAAAAAUGUGAUGGAGGACUUACUUUUGUCAUUUCAACAUGUGAAAUGUGAAAUGGAGGAACCUAAUAUGGAAGAAUUAACGUCGAGUCUAGUUGCUCGUUUUGGAAGAAUUCUCUUUCAUGGGAUUUCUGCAAAUAGUGAAAAAUCCCUGAAUAGUAACCCAUUGGGUGAAACUAUGUUGAGGCAAAUGAGAAAAUCUUUCUAUACGAAUGUUCCUCUUUUAUAUAUGGAAUAUAUGCGAAACCUUGCACUGGAAAAACUUGGCUUAGAAUAUGUGGAGGAGAAGGAAUUAUACUAUAUCAAGCUUUCAGACAACAUGCGCGCUGAUUCAACUGGCACCUGCAAAUGUACGGUGGGCAAGGAUUAG